CCACCCUCUUUCUCUCUCUCUCUUGGGCUCACGAGCGCGUGUACGAGGACGUGUCUUACAUUCCUCGAAUCUGGCGCCUAUAUCACGUAGGAUUCUCCGGGAAAUAAUAGCAGGGAGGUACAGUGAAGGACAACAAAGACGCGUAGUAGGAAUAACCAUUCUUUUUUGUAUAAUUUACAUUUCAUUUUUAAAGUCAUUUGUAGAUGCCAAUUCACAUAAAUAAUAUCUAUUUGUAUGAAGUUUGAUAAUCGUAGAAUAAUAAUAAUGAUUUAAACAUCAAGAUUAUAUCCACUAUGCAUUAUUAUCAUCCGCCACUGUACGCACAGUCACGAAGAACUGCUGCGGUGGUAGGAGAGGUAAGAAAGAAGGAUGCUCGAGGGCGACCUACAGAGAGAGAGAGGGAGAAAGAAAGAGAGGAGAAGGAACGGCCGACUUGUAAUGAAAAGAGAGGAGGAAGGGAGAGAAGAACGAACCUACGUUCGUAGCGUCGCUCAACGAUGAUCCUCAUUCGGUUUUCAGUCACGUUCUUGCAAUUGCGACUCUCGCCUUUCGUCUCAUUUUUUGCUUACGUCGUUGACCCCCUUGUAUUUCCUUCGUCGUUCCCCCAACCUUUCCUCUUUAAAGAAAGGAAUAAAAAAGAAAGUAAUCGAGUGCAUCGCGUUCGUAUUGCGUGUCCUUCAGACGUAGGGAAAGAACGAGAAAGACAGAACGGUGUGUAUACCCAUUUUACCAAAGGUUUGAGAGGAGAAAAAAAUAAGAAGAGAGAAAAGAAAGAUCGUAGAAGUCGAGUGUAAUAUAUUAAAAGGCGCUGGCGCCAAUUGAUAACGAUUUUUAUUGGCGUUAAUUAAAAAGCAUCCGUGUGUGCGCGCGUGUGUCUGGGUUGCGUGUGUCGCAUGCCGCACGAUGACUGCGACGUACGCGAACGAGUCGACGAGUGCGAUCGGUUCCGAGGAACGUAAAACGGCGUGGAUGUUCGAAGAAGCGCGCGGAGAGAAAAGUUCGGUUGCGGCCGCGAGGGUGAGCCACGAGGGGGCAGGAGAGGGUGCCCAGCUGGAGGAAUUGCUGAGGACAAUGAAAAAUGAGAUCGAACAAGAGAACUUGAUAGUAGCGAUCGAAACUUCUUAUCUUUCUUCUCAAACACAAUCCGAUAGAUCAUCCGCGGUAAUUUUCGAGAGCGAAACCAAGAGAAAAGAUGAGAAAAAUGAAGAGAACAAAGAAUUUUCACGAAAUUGUGAAGAGAACAUUGAACAGGUUUCUAUAUCGGAAAUAACAUAUGAAUCCGAAGGAAAAUUCUCUACCGAAAGGGAUCUUUCACAAAGCAAAGAUUCUUCAAACACGAGUUUGCAUGAGAAAUCAAUUAGAAUCGAUGAAGGAUCGCUCGAGAACGUACGACAAUCGAUCGAGAAAGAAUUGACGAUUGUUGAAGACGUAGAAAAUUUCAAUUCUAAAAGAGUCAUUUUUACGUACGGUACAUUAGAAAUUACCAAUAAUGCUACAAUCGGAGAGGAAGAGGGAAAGAAGGAAGAAGAAAAAGAGAUAAUAAAUUCAAAAGACGAGUCGUAUGAUCCAGAGACUGAACUUGAUUUUCACGAAGCUGUGCGUACCGGCGAUGCGAAGUGCGUCGCGACGCUUCUUGCGACUGGUCGCGUUCAGAAUCUUGACGAACCGGAUUGGAACGUUUCUGGUGAUCCACCCUUGCUGGUAGCUGCGACAAAUCAUUGUAUAUCUGUGCUUAACGUACUAUUAGCCAACGGAUGUGAUCCUGGCGUGCGUUCUCCUCGGGGGGAAACCGCACUACACAGAGUUAUACUCAACGGAGGGCCAGGAAAUGUUCUAAAUUUCGUGGGAGAACUUCUAAAACAUGGUUGCCCUGCCGGAGUUAAAGAAGCCGGGGGUGGAUUGACGGCGCUGCAUGUUUUAACACGACAGCUGGCCCAUGCGCAAAGUUCGAAAAGUCUUCACCAUGAUUACGAAGCGGCGCUGAAGACAUUGGAUUUAUUGGCAAAGGCGGGACCUGUCAAUGCAAAAGAUCAUCAAGGUCGGAGUGCGUUACAUAUUUUGGCGUCCUCCACAGUAUUUGAUAAUAAUCAUAGAACGGAGAUAGAAUCGUUGAUAGAGACUCUACUGGCGGCAGGAGCGAAUCCUGCUUUAAAAAAUGAUCGUGGAGAAAGUCCAUUGCACGAAUGUCUCGAGUGUGGUGCCUUGAACACUGCACUUUUAUUGAUACCUCACACAUCACCUGGUAUAAUGUCACGUUACGGUGAAACACCGUUGCAUAUUGCCUCCAGAAAGAACUAUGUUGAUAUGGUAGCAAAACUACUAGAACAUGGCGAGGAUCCUAGUGUGCAAGACGCCGGUGGCAAUACACCUUUACAUCUUGCUUCUGCAAGAGGUUUCCAUCGAACGGUUUCUCUUUUAGUUACGUCGCCUCUCGCUCAAUUGGAAAAAACAAACUUAGAUGGUUUAACGGCAUUGCAAGUUGCCGCCGAAAGUGGCUUUGUCAACGCUGUAAGACUUCUCUUAAAGGCUGGAGCUGAUCCAAGUCAAACAAUACACUAUUGCACAACCACUCUGCAUCGUCAUCCAGAUAUCUCUAUUUUAAUAGAUCAUGAAUUGACGAGACGCCGUCAACUUGCUGCUUGAUUAUCCAUAUAAUAUGUCAUUAAGAUUGUUCCGUUCGACUUUUCGAAUGCACAUGAUCGUUUAAUAAUCGGUGCCAUCAUUUGUCGUUGAAUGUUGUAUUAGCAAUUUGUUGAUGCUCUAUUUACCUGAUAUUGUGAUGUUAAGAAGAUGUGCAAUUAAAUAAUGAUAAAGAGAAUAGUAGAUAUUCGAAGAUUGUGUGAUAUUGAAUUAGAAUUAUAUCAUUCGAUCUGUUACGUAUAAUGUUAUAUACACACACAUACACAUACACAUGCACAUACGCAUACGCCCGUAGGCGCCAGCGUUCGUAUAACACACAUUAAUUAAAAAUAAAGUCUAUUACAUCGA